AUGAGCCUGAAUGUCCCAGGACUGGUGGUGAUGCUGUUUUUCUACCUGCUGGUGCUGGGCAUCGGGAUAUGGGCUUCCAUGAAGUCAAAACGGCAGCAGGACAGAAGCCAGGGGAACCGGACAGAAAUCACUCUGCUGGGCAACAGGGGGAUCAACUUGGUGGUGGGAGUCUUCACCAUGACAGGUAAGUUAGGGACGGAGGGGUCUGAACAAAUAAAUAGGAACAAAAAAUUUGAUUACUCCGAUUACUCUGACUACAUCUGUUGGUGCUUCAAGCAGCGUUUUUGCACCCUUUAGCCUUACGCUGAUGCAAUCCUGAGUGUAAUUAUAAACACAAAUCUAUGCAUUCUCACAAAUUAAUCAUUGCUUAUGCUCCAGCAAGUCUUUGGCUUUAUACUGUAAAUCAUCACAGUUCUUUAUCUGGACUCAAGAAGAUACAACCCUCUGAACAGGAGCGAAUCCAGCCCAUUUGAGUUAGGCCAUUGCUACAUUUCUCACUUCAUGAGAUGGUGAAUAGCAUGCUCCCAUUUGACUAAAUAAAGGAACCAUAGCCAUCAAUGAUCACUGUUUGGAAGUAAUCAAAGUUUUUUUACAGUACUUCACACAAUACCACGCUACUGUUCUUUACUCUGAGUCAAUACUUCCUCUCUCUAUAUAUGUGAUAUAGAGAUAUAUUUUGGGGUAAUUUUAUCAAUACUAAUACAAACAAGAAGUUCACCUUGUUGAUGAAAUACUUUUAACAUUUGAACAUUAAUAUUUUGCUGUCUUUGUAUUUCAUAAGGAUAGGAUAGUCUCAAAGAUAAGCACAUUAUGUAGAUGUGCUUAACCAACACAAACUCGGUUAACAGAACAGGCUGUAACUCACUGGUUCACUGAUUAAGUGAGGCAUUUUAAAAGAAAGUACAACCUGCUCUGUUGUCAUUGACUGUUACAGACUGUGAAUAGAUCACUAAUGGAGUAACAUUGUUACUUUCUUGUGUGAAAAUCUUGUGUUUUUACAUGGCAGGUGAUUGGAAAAUUGAAAAACUUUGUCUUUCAGGUAACAGUAGGGUUUAACUCAGGGAAUGAACAGAAAAAACACUGUGCAGAGGCAACUAUUGUUUUACUUAAUUUCCAUUUUAAUGGAUGUACUUGUAAGUGUUCAUAAUGUUCUUUUGGUAAGUCCAAACUUUUAGAUGUUCUUUACCCAUAAAACCUAGAGUUUUAUCAAUAACUCAACAGUCUUGUCACAGUUAGAGCUGGUCAGGAAAUAUACUGCUGAUGUGUGAUGUGUGAUAAAACAUUAACUGCAGGCUAAGUUAAACUUGCUUUUUUUUUUGCUCCCUUAAGUUCAGAAACUGCAAAUCAUUCAUAAGACUUCCUAUUUUUUUUGGAAUCUAAUAAUUGUAUGGUGAGAUACUCAGUAGUUUGUGUGCAGAUGCAUUUCCAGGAAAUACUGAUCUAGCUGUAGGAAGUUGUGGGCCAGUUCGAAAGUGAGGAGAUGUGAUCUGGUUUGGUCAUGGCUAAAAGAGAGGUAAAGAUGGGUGUCAUCAGCAUAAAAGUGAAAACCCAUGCCGUGAGAUCAAAUGUCCAAGGGGCAACAUACAAAUUGAAAAAAAAAAAAAAGGAGUGGUCCCAGAACUGACCCCUGAGGCACCCCUCAAGACAAUUAGCACUGUUUGACUGUGGGAUAUAAAUGGAAACACAAAAAGGCCUAUAUGUGUGUAGGGGUGUAUGCUGGUACACAAAUACUAAUGCAUACUUCCCACAGCUACUUUUGUUGGUGGAGGCUACAUAGUUGGUCUGACUGAAGCAGUGUAUACUCCAACCUUGGGACUGACCUGGGCUGUCAUGCCAGCAACAGCAGCCCUGUCUUUCAUUGUUGGUAAGACAAAGAUGUUAUAUUACGGAGUUUUACUCAUUUGAGAGAUCUCAGAAAAGACUAAAAUUCGUCUAUUUAUUUAGCCGAUUUGCAAUAUUUAUUGUAUUGAAUUAAUUUUAACACUGUGAUUUCAUUAUGAGUUAGGCAAUAUAAAAGUAGUGUAAAAUUGGUACAAAGGAAAGUUGAAUGACACAAAUCUCUCUCCCUUUGUUUGAUUUAAUGAAUAAGGUGGACUAUUCUUUGCUAAGACAAUGAGAGACAGACAGUACAUGACAAUGAUGGACCCGUUCCAGAUUCGGUAUGGAAAUGUAAUAAGUGGAGUGUUGUCCGUGGCACUAGUGAUUUCUGACAUAGUCUGGGUCGCAGGGACACUCAUUGGCCUUGGUAAGUGAAAAACUUGUGUCUUUUAUCACUCAGUUUUGAGUUUUGCACAAUACAACUCAUCCUUUCAUUACUCACUGUCUGUGAGUAACAGAGAGAUAUCCCAUGAGGUAUCAUAUCUUUUUAUUCAUUUAUCUAUUUAUUUUAGAUAAAGAUUAUAUACCCCACAUUCAAUCAACACCCACUGCUGUACAGCUUGUCUAAUGAAUGACUGCAAGGGGACAGGCAGACAAGCUGUUGCACUUCACCUGAUAAUAAAACAAUCCCUUUAGCCGGACUGUAACAUUUUCAGUGUCCCAUGGUUCAAGUAUUUCCAAAUACCAGUUUUAUGGAUGGUAUCAUUAGAGUCCUUGCAUAAGCCUGGGAAUGUCUCAUACUGAAUACUCAAAAAUGUAGUCUCCAAAUGUUUUUGUCUCAAAUGAAUCAUUGGUACCAUGUGUUGGGCUAGGGUUCAAGGUUGUUGUGCCCCAGGCCUCCAUCGAUUGUCGUUUUAAGUUGAACAUGCCUAUGCAAUAUAAAAUUAAUCUUCAAAACUCUACAUGAAGUUGCGAUUAUUAUUAUGUUUUCUUUAAAGGUGCUACGAUGAGUGUUAUCCUGGAUUUGUCCUACGCUAUUUGCAUUUGGAUCUCUGCUGCAGUGGCCAUUGUCUACACACUGUUGGGGGGCCUUUACUCUGUAGCCUACACAGACAUCAUUCAGCUGAUCCUUAUAUUCUUUAGUUUGGUAAGUCCUACAACAUGGAAAAUUAGUCCCCCAAAACCUGAGAUUUACACAUUCACACAUGAUAUUUAAAGGCACAAAAAAAGACUUCUAUAGUUAAACAAAGUGUGCUGUAAAAAUAAUUGUAGUUCCCUGAGGGACUGAACCCUCAAAAGUCAAAACAUCUUUCAUAAUGUGCUCAUCAAACCAGUAAAUCAGUGCUAACAGCUGUAAAUUGAACAACUGUGAUAUGGCCUGAAUUUAGUAAGUCAAUAUGCAUGUUCAACAUGUUUACAUUUGUGUUUUUGUGUGAUUUCUGCAGUGGUUGUGUGUCCCGUUCAUCCUCAUAAACCCUCAUUCAGCUGAUAUAACUAAGACGGCUUUCAACUUUACCUACCAGACUCCCUGGGUUGGGUCAGUGGAUGGAGAGAGAGCGUGGAUGUGGAUUGAUAACUUUUUAAUACUGGUACGGAAUAAGUUCAGCAAUUUUUCUAAUAUGCCUUUUUCAAUAACUGCUCAAAAAAUGAAUGCACUUUCUUAACAUUAGUGAGCCUAUUGAGUAGGGGACAUUCUCGCCGUUGAAAAUCAGGAAGCAGAUUAUGAAAUGAAUUACAGUUCAGCUCCAUGGGGUGGCAGUAGCUCAGGAGAUAGAAUGGUCGUCCAGUAACUGAAAGGUUGGCGGUUUAAUUCCCCCCUAUACCUAGCGUGUUGGGUGUGUCCUUUCUAACCCACUUUGCUCCCAUUCUGUGUCCUCCACUGAAGUAUGAUUGUGAGUGUUGAGUGGUGGUGGUUGGAGAGGCCGUAGGCGCAAACUGGCAGCCAUGUUUCCAUCAGGGCAGCUGUGACUACUAUGGUAGUUUACCACCACCAUGGUGUGACGGGGUGAGCCAAUUAAUGAUGUAUCCAAUGUGAAGUGCUUUGAGGGUCUCUGAUAAAGCGCUAAAUGAAAUCUGAUGCAUAUAAUAGAGGUUCAUUAUUUGCUGGACUCAAUGACUCACUCAAAGGGUUUUUUGUCCAAAGUGUCCGGAGUAAAGCAAGUUAUAUUAAACAGAUUUUUUGUUUUUCUUUGUAAGUCUCUGGGUAACCUUGGAUAUCAGGACUUUCACCAGAGGACACUGUCAGCCUCCUCAUCGGCCACAGCGAGGAUCACCUGCUUUGUUGCAGCCCUACUCAUCUUAAUACUCGGCAUCCCAUCUAUCUUGAUCGGAGCAGUCGCAGCAUCAACAGGUACUGAGAUAGAUCUGAAUCAAUAAGUCUUAAAAGACAGUGUUGAUCAAUGUCACCUUUUUUUGUCAGACUGGAACAGGACGGAGUAUGGAUCCCCGUCUCCAUAUGAGCGUGGAGAGGCUGGUCAGAUUCUGCCUAUUGCUCUGCAGCACCUCAGCCCGCCCUACAUCUCCAUCAUUGGUAUUGGAGCCAUAGCUGCUGCUGUGAUGUCAUCAACAGAUUCAGCUCUGUUGUCAGCUUCCUCCAUCUUCACAACCAACAUCUAUAAGACCAUCCUGAGGACCAAGGUAUGAGGAGACUUGAGGAAAGAAAACUUGAUAUUUAAUUCCUCGUUAUAAACCUCAGUUUCAGUCUUUUCUUCUUCUUGCAGGCAUCGGACAGGGAGCUGCAGUGGGUGAUCCGCAUCUCUAUGGUGUUGGUGGGCUUGGCCGGCACAUCCCUCACCUUGCUACAGACCAGCAUCAUGGUGUUGUGGAUCCUGGGCUCAGACAUAACCUACACCAUCAUGUUCCCUCAACUGGUCUGCGUCCUCUUUUUUAACUUCUGUAAUGGCUACGGCUCCAUCACGGGCUUUCUACUUGGAGUGUUGCUGAGACUACUGAGUGGCGAGCCCUCUAUAGGGUUGCCUGUUGUCCUUUGCUUUCCUGGAUGCAUUACUGAGGACAACAGAUAUGUCCAGCGCGCUCCUGUUAGGACUAUUUGCAUGUUAUGCACCCUCUUCUCUACUUUAGUGUUCUCCUAUUUGGCUCAAGUGCUCUUCAAGAGAGGGGUGAUUCCUGAGAGGUGGGACGUAUUCAAGGUGAAAAAACACAAACCAGGACGGAGAGCAGGAUUAAUGAGGAAUAGCUGCACAAAAACUCAUGCAAAUGAAAAACACGAGAGUCAGACUGAGGGUGAGUUGGCGGUAAUGGAGAGGAAUCAGCAGACUGAAAGUAAAAUGCUUCAAGGAUGAUCAUGCAUAAUGAGACAACCUGUUUUAUCAUGUCUGUACUUUUAUACUGGAUAGUUAUUCCAAAUGAAAUGAUUAUCUUUGUUUAUCUUUUUAUCAAUAGUUGGGAUGAAAAUCCGUUUUUACAGUAAGAUACUCUCAAUGCUGGUGGUCUUCUGGGAUUAAAGGAUUUUAAUUUUUCCAUAGUGGCCAACGAGAGCAGACAAUCUGCUCUUGGCCUGAACAAUUUCCAUGAACAGACAUUCUGUGCAAAUGCUCAAAUCAUGCACAUUAAAAAAAAAGCGGGCAGAAAAUAGUCAUUUGUGACCAACAGCACCCCAGAACAACAUAUGACUUUCAACAGGAGUGCUUCAGGCCUGAAGAGACUUUCAAUGAAACAGCUUCAUCCAGCUUACCUUAGUUGUACAAUAUGUCUUUUUCCAGCUUUCUUGAUCAACAAUAAAAGACAAGAUGUUAAAAUUUGACUUCUUGGUUCUCCUGUUCUGGACAUGCUUUAAAAUCUUGUCUCCAGCGUUUUCUCCUCCCCUCUGACCUUGUUACAUGACAUUUUAAAUUUGUUUAUCCAAUAACUAAAUCUGUUAAAACAAGGGGAGGUGUGUGUUUAUUUAUGUUUCACUGUUUCAGUGUCUCCUGCAGUAUAAUGUUUAAGUGAUACGUUCAGUGAGCGAUGCUUUCACUGAACAGUCAGACCACAGUACAUUAAUUUGAAGGAUUCACAGUGAACAUGCAUUGUUCCCUCGCAAAUUGUUGCAAUGAAAGGAUCUGACAGUCAUGCAUUUUCGCAGACACUACUUUUAUUGGGUUUUAUACACUACUUGUUAUGUCUUAAUUUACGUGAGUUAUUGUUGCGCACACCUUAAUCACUCAGUGAAAUACACUCUCCUGUAUUAUUUUCCUGGAGUGAAAACACUGUAACAGGAGUCAAGCCGUAUAAACAAACACACACCUCCCCUUGUUUUAAACAGAUUUGGUUUCUGGAUAAACAAACUUAAAUGUCAUGUAACAAGAGUCUCACUCUCUUCUCAUUAUUGCUAAAAUGGGCCCAAAUCUAAAAGAGGCCAACUUAGUAAAAUGAACCAAAGCUCCAUCCCAACAGACCUAACCCAACUGAGACAUGUAGGUGGUUAUAAAGAACAACUUGACUAUGGUCCACAUGUAUGCUUAGAUGUUUGUGGUCUAUUUUGUUUUGGCAGAGUUGCCCUACCUUAAGUAAAAUGACUAUUUUUCCUUAAAAGUGGUAGUCUAACUGUGGUAAACAAAAAGAGAGUCUGCACUUAAAAAGAAAGUUCAAUCAAUGGUGCUAUCAGACAGUUUGAUGAUGUUUUGCUGAUUGUAUCUUGUGUGCACAGUCAAGAUGAUGGUGAACUUGAACAACCUUGAUUUGCCCCUGUGCUGCAAUCUUUCUUGAUGAGAGAGAUUCAUUAUCCUUAGGCUGUAAAGACCUCAAUGUUAAGGAUAAAGAAAUAGAAAUAACAAUCAUAAUAAAAUAGAAAAUAAAGUUCAGCCAUCUUGUCCCCUUGAUAUUAAUGUAAUGUCUGACAUUUUUUAGAUUUAUAUGUCAUUAUCAUUAUCAACCUGUCAUUUAAAGGCCAAUGUGAUGACAGUAUUUGUACUUCUGAAACUGCAAGUGAUCAGUGGAUCACAGCCAUAGACAAAAAUCGAUAUGAAGAAAGGAAACAGAAGGCAGAUUCAGUCUCACCCUAUAAAAACUCGAAAUGCAGCAAUCUAGUUUUGUCAUCGUUUCCAACGAAGUGGGGAGGAGCAGUGUGGACUUCAUGGUAG